CACGAUUAGCACAACACUCUCUUCCGUUGACUGGUAGAAGACGAUGGUUGAUGGUUUUUAGCUAUGGCGGUUCCACUGUACUAAUCGCUCACUCUCCUAUUAUCCUUUUCUUCUCCGCAUUGCUUCCAUGUCUCUCCCGAUCUCACUGCCAACCUUGAGAUCGAAGAUAUCACUUUGAGAAUGGGGUCAGAAGGAAACAUCAAGAACACGGUUGUGACACAAGUAAGCGUUGGUGGGUUUGGGGAUAAAACAACUGCAAAAGAGCUUACAGAUUACCUUGAAGAAGAAGUAGGACUCGUUUGGCGAUGCAGAUUAAAAACUUCUUGGACUCCUCCUGGUUCUUAUCCUAAUUUCGACAUCACUGACACUUCAAACAUCCCCACGUUUGAUGGUUACAAGAGAGUGGAGCCUCAUGCCUUUGUCCAUUUCGCGGUUCCUGAGUCAGCAGGUCGUGCAAUGGAUGCUGCGGGGCAAUCCAAGCUCAUCCUCGAUGGCCAGCCUUUGAAAGUCAGCUUGGGGCCUAAGAACCCGUACACGCUUAACCAGAGAAGAAGAACGACAACACCUUAUAAGCUGACUGGUGUUUCGAUUGAGAUUGGGACCUUGGUUGCCCGCGAUGAGUUUCUUGUUUCUUGGAGAGCUGAAGGGGUUGAUUUCCUCGUAGACCCUUUUGACAACACUUGCAGAUUUUGCUUCACAAAGAGCACUGCCUUCUCUUUGAAGGACACAAUGAUGUACGCUGUGAUCAACUGUGAUUAUAAGUUGGAGCUAUUGGUGAGAGACAUACGAACAGUCAGGCAGUAUAGAACUCUUGAUGGCUAUGUGCUACUCUUGCAGCUGGCUUCAUCACCCCGUGUCUGGUACAGAACAGCCGAUGAUGAUAUCUAUGAAACUGUUCCCGUCGAUCUCUUGGAUGAUGAUGACCCUUGGAUCCGUACCACUGAUUUUACCCAGGCUGGGGCAAUUGGCCGAUGCCUUACAUAUCGAGUGCUCAUAUCUCCUCGGCAUGAGAAGAAAAUGAAUACAGCCUUGGACUAUCUAAGGGCGCGGAGAGUGCAUGAGGAGCGUGUGAGGUGGCCUCCCAGGAUUCGUGAUGAGCCCUGUUUUGGGGAGCCUAUUACAGAUCAUUUCUUCUGCAUUCACCACAGGGAAGGAAUCUCCUUUGAGAUCAUGUUCCUAGUAAAUGCAGUGCUGCACAGAGGGGUUUUUAACCAGUUUCAGUUGACUGACCGCUUCUUUGAUCUUCUCAGAAACCAACCCAAGGAUGUCAAUAUAGCUACCCUCAAGCAUCUCUGUACCUAUAAACGACCCGUUUUUGAUGCGUACAAGAGGCUGAAGCUUGUUCAGGAAUGGAUUCAGAAUAAUCCAAAGCUUUUAGGGAGUCAUGUGCAGUCAGAUGAUAUCUCUGAGAUUAGAAGGCUAGCGAUUACUCCAACCAGAGCUUAUUGCCUGCCCCCAGAAGUUGAGCUCUCCAACAGGGUACUCAGGAAAUACAAAGCUUUGUCUGAUAGAUUUUUGCGCGUAACUUUCAUGGACGAAAGCAUGCAGACCAUGAACUCAAAUGUUCUUUCGUACUUUGUUGCUCCGAUUGUGAAGGAUCUUACCUCAAGCUCUUUCUCCCAGUAUAACUCUAUGAUAUUUCUGAAAGUGCUGGAUGCUUUGUUUUUGCAUGCUUGUAGUAGUGAUUAACUGAUUAUAUAUGCUUGCUUCUGAGUU